UGCACCUCAUGGCUACACCUAUCCGGAGCGUGCUUCCCAACACUGGCCCCUAUAACAGCAACGCAGUGCAUGUAGGUCGGUAAACACACCUACACAGACGUUCGACAAGCAAGAGCUUCAAGGCCUUCACGAGCGGUAGCAGACGAUAGGUAACAUCAAAAUGGCGUCCGGUGAUGUGGUAACUGUGAGUCUCCGCAGAUUUGAUACAAGUCAGCCAUGGGGUUUCAAGCUCCAGGGAGGGACCGAAUACGGCCUACCUCUUUUCAUCGCCCAGGUGUCCCCUAAGAGUAUCGCUGGAACAGCGGGGCUGCGGAAUGGAGAUGGUAUCGUGAGGAUCGGGGAUGCGUGCACAAAUGGUUGGUCUCAUGAAAAUGCGAAAGCCGAGCUUAUCCGGGCUGGCAACGACGUGGAUCUCACAGUCCAGAGAGGUGCUGUGAACACAGCUGACCCCGCCGUGAAGGCUGCAGGUCAGCAGGCAGCUUCCCCAAGGGUAGAACUGGACGAGGGGAGCAUCAACCCCCACAUGAACGAAGGGUCAGCCUACAGGGACGUCAAGCCCAAGACAUACCAGAUCCUAGAACAGCAGUUGGGAGGAAGUGGUCCUGCUCCGUCCGCCCUGGGGCGAGGCAAGGCAAAACAGGCUGCAGGUGGUGGUGGUGGACCAUCCUCCAUUUUUGAUCGGAAGAAGCAGGAGAGGUCUGGCUACCUCCAAGCCCAGGGCAAGACAAUUCAGAAGGCUUAUGGUGAACAAUGAGAAGCAAAACAUGUGAUAUGUAAACAUCAUAGCGGAAAUGUUUUUUCGGAAUCAAGACUCUGGAUACAUUGGGGUUCUGAAGAAAUAGUUCCACUUUGAGGACAUCUAUGGUGCAAUUCUCCACAAGGGAUUACCAUGACAUUAACUUUUAUAUAUUCCCUGCAUAAUGAUGGCGACAUUAGGUUUCUCACUGUUGAGUAACAGCUCCACCAACCUCCCACCAAACUACCUUCCCCAAAACUGCUACUUUAAAGUGCAACAUCACUAUCCUGUGUUUAAUGAGUACCUAGCCAUUGAUCCAUGUUUGAUGAAAAAAAUAUGUUCUGGGGAGGGACAUGAAACUUUUGAUAUGCUCCCUCUGUAAUUUAUUAUGUCAAAUGUUAAUGCUUAUUUCAAUGGGACACACCUGAAAUGAUUCUGUGAUCACAUGUAGAGUAAUAUGACUUCAUCAUAAAGAGUGGACUAACUACAGUGCUUAAAUUAUCCAUCCAGUAAAAUUACUCUCAUGAGCAAGAGGAUUUCUGUGGUAAGUUACUGAAAAGAGAUGGAGAUAGUUGCGUAUUUUGAAGCUAUGAUGAAUGUGUCUAGGAUAUUUAUCAUAACAAAAUGGAAAUAUCCGCUGGAUGAUGAGAUGAAUAUUAGGUGGCAGAAUACCUGGCAACAUUAUACACCAUGAUCAGGCUCUGAAAGUGGGGUCUUUGAGAAUGAAUAUUUGGUAGCACUGGGUCUGAAAUAGGCUCAAGGAUAUGAAAGUGGGGCUCCACGCAUAAAGGUGCUAUCACUGACAAUCUCACUUCUCUCACUUGACACUUCAUGGAAUACGUUCAUCACCCACCCCACCCUACCCCUCCACACAAACAGCUUUAUUUUAGUCAGCACCACUCCCCAAACUUCUAAGUUAGUUUAUUAUUAUGAACUUUCUUGUUUGAUACGUGUGGUUGUUUGUUGUGUUCUGCAAUUACAUAUUAUUCAAAUGUUUACAAAUAUAUUAAGCCUGUUAUGAUACAGUCACCUCCUGAUAGAACACACCUAAAUAUAGAGAAUUGUGGGAUAAUAUCAUAGAAUCCCCAUUGUAUGUAUAAAGUGACACUUCAUAUAUUUUUUGGUUAAUGGACCCUAAGACGAAAUUCAGUAAAUAACAUUUAAUGGUUUGAAGUUAUAUGUAUAAAAAAUAACUAAUUUAAUGCAUUGUAUAUAUUGUGAUCACGACAAAUGCAUUGUAAAGAGAACAAGGCUUUGGGAUACAAGUAAAUCCAUGUACUGUGGUAUUAUUGAAAAAAAAUCAAAUGUCUUGUACCAACCUAAACAGCUUUAAACAAAGCAAACACUAUUAUGCUACACAAUCAGCCUCUUACCUGGUGGAGCUGAUUGGCUAGUCAACUAAUUUGGAAACAAAGUAUAUAAAUAGAGUGGUAUAAGUUCAAUAAAGCCUCAGUACAAGCCCAAUGUUAAACCUCCUGUUGUGGUGUAUAACAUGGCAGUUGAUGGAAUUAUAAAUUUUGGAAUACAUUCAUUUGGGGAUUUCCCUGGGGUUUGUAAUAUCUGGAGUUGACUGUAAUCUAUAAAUAAAUAAGUUGACUGUUUAUAUGUUUUAUAAAACUGGUGUGCCAAUAACAUUAAAUUAUUAAACUAAACCAAAUAUCAAUGACAGUCCUGCAGCAAAUAAAUUGCAGGAUGGAGCAUUGAUCGUCUCAGGUUGUGAUGUACUAUAACUAUCUGUUUGAAUAUCACUUAUCUUUUUCAGAUUAAUAAAUGUCUUCAACGAACUUGUACAUAUAUAUUCAAUAUAUUAUGUUAAGUGUUAACUCAAUGAGAAUUUUUUUAAACAAAUAUUUUAAAAUAAAAAUAAUUUACACAUAUUUAUUUUUUGCAGUAAAUUGCAUGUGAAUGUAAAUCUGUCCUGUCUAACAAUCAUGCAAAAUCCAGUUAGGCAAAAACCAUCUAAAAUCAAUUAAGUUUUACAACAAUUCUCGGAAUAAAUUAGUUUGCCGCCAUAUGACACAAUUCAAAGUAUGUGUAAACAAUACAUCUCAUGUUGACACUACUCCAUGGUAGCCUUGGAUUUUGCAUGGUUUAUAUACCUAUGUUGCUUGUUUCUUAUACACCUGUAGUGUUGUCCUGCCUGGUAUAAAUUUCAGCUUCUGGCUAUAUUCUUGAAAUCUUCAUGCAAUAAAUAUCUUUACACCUAUGA